AUGGAACCAACAUCGAUUAAGAAGGCCCUACAGUUAUGGCAACAAGACAAUCCUGAAUUCGAUUUAUGUAGUGCCGUUGACGUUCAAUUACAAUUCCGUUGGCCGCCCAUCGAGAAAAUGGACGACAAUUUAUCGGUGUUGGUCAAAUGCGAAAAACUAAGCCUUUCAACGAAUAUGAUCAAACGAAUCGUCGGAUUGUCACAAUUGAAAAGCCUGAAAAUUCUUGCGUUAGGCAGAAACCAAAUACGUUACGUCGACGGCAUAGAAAGUGUGGCCGAAUCGUUAGAACAGUUAUGGAUCAGCUAUAAUCUGAUUGCAAAAUUGGGAAGCCUUGGCUCUAUGAAAAAAUUGAAAGUUUUGUACAUCGGAAAUAAUCUGAUAAAUGAUUGGAACGAAUUGGACGAAUUGGGUAAGCUGAAGGACACUUUGGAGCAAUUAGUUUUGGGUGGGAAUCCUUUGGCCGCGGCGAUGCACCGUGACGACUAUCGUAAAGAAAUUAAAAAGAAACUUCCAUUUUUACACUUUUUAGAUGGUCAACCGACUGUUAGUGAUUGA